AAUGGAAUUUCUGGAUAAAACAAUCAAUAGCUACCUUGAUGUUUGGCUUGGACCCAGAGACCCCAGAGUAAAAGGAUGGCUUCUUCUGGAGAACUAUACACCUACCUUUAUCUUCUCAGCCUUGUACUUACUAAUCGUAUGGUUAGGACCAAAGUACAUGCGGAAUAAGCAGCCGUUCUCGUGCAGGGGUAUUCUAGUGGUCUACAACCUUGGACUUACACUGCUUUCUCUGUAUAUGUUUUAUGAGCUAGUGACGGGAGUAUGGGAAGGAGGAUACAAUUUCUUCUGUCAGGAUACGCACAGUGGAGGAGAAGCUGAUAUGAAGGUCAUACGUGUCCUCUGGUGGUACUAUUUCUCCAAACUUAUUGAGUUCAUGGAUACCUUCUUUUUCAUUUUGCGGAAAAAUAAUCAUCAGAUCACUGUUCUGCAUGUGUACCACCAUGCAACGAUGCUGAACAUUUGGUGGUUUGUUAUGAACUGGGUGCCUUGUGGUCACUCUUACUUUGGUGCCACACUGAACAGCUUUAUCCAUGUCCUCAUGUACUCCUACUACGGAUUGUCUGCUGUUCCAGCGAUGCGUCCUUAUCUGUGGUGGAAGAAGUACAUCACUCAGGGGCAGCUGACUCAGUUUGUCCUGACAAUCUUCCAGACCAGCUGUGGUGUUGUUUGGCCAUGUGCAUUUCCUCAGGGAUGGCUGUAUUUUCAGAUUUCUUAUAUGAUUUCUUUGAUUAUCCUCUUCACAAAUUUCUAUAUUCAGACUUACAACAAGAAGGCAUCCUCGAGGAGGAAAGAGUAUCAGAACGGCUCUACGGCCACUGUGAACGGGUACACAAACAGCUUUUCUUCCCUUGAGAACAAUGUGAAACAAAGGAAACAAAGGAAGGAUUGAAGACCAAACUGAAAAACCAUUUUGAUAACCCCAACAACAAAAUCAUCUGAUUGUAAGCACAAUAAGAGUUGUGCACUAAUACUCUAAUGGCUACUGUAACUAUUCCUGCCUAGAAUAGUGUGAUUUAUGUAGGACUUAACCAGUGCAAACACCCUAGAAACCAUAUACAGAACAUAAAAGUAGGUUAAAGUUUAAAAAUAAUUCUGGGCUGUCACUGACCCCGCUAUAGACUGUGGAAGGGAGUAUUAUCGUAGUAUCCGACACUGCUGUUGCCUUACUAGUCAAUAUGAUAGGUGCUGAAUUAUGAUUCACAAUUUGAAAACACUGUAAUCUAAACCUGUUUUUUGGUUUUGUUUUGGUUUGGUUUUUUUUUACUGUAGAUCAUGCAUGUGAUUGUAGAGGUAAUUUGUAUGAUGCUGGUUUCAGUAGAUAAACACACAUGCCUUAAAUUAAAAAGCAGGGCCCAAAGCUUAUUACUGGUUUAAAAAUUAGGAUAUGUUUCAACUUUUCAGUUGACUGACUUUUUAUUAAAAAGUCACUUAGAAGAAUCCAUUGAUCAUUUUACUGUUCUGUAUGUGAUACAUAAUGUUACGUAUCUCUUACGCGAUACAGUGAAAUUGGAAAUGGCACAUUUAGUUUUGUAUAUUUGGCUUUAACUGACUAAACAGUCACGAACCAGAUGGAAAAGUUAUUUUACCUUUUUAAUAGAUCUUAUUUUUUUAUUUGAAGUAUUUCACUAAUGUAAAAUUAAUUGGCGCUUACACAGUUCAGUAAGACUUAAAUAUUGUCUCUAAGGUUUAGAGUGUAUACAGGGUGGACCCAUCUUUUCUUUUCUCUUUUUAUUUUUUCUUUUUUUUUUUUUACUUAUUUCUGAAAAUUCUUAAAUGCUAAAUGAAUACUGGUUUUUAAUAUGGAAACUGGCAGAAUUUCAAGUGUUACUAUCAUAGCCAUAUCCACGUUAGGAGCUACUGUUUAAGUCUGUGACGUAUCCAAAAGGAUAUUUAAAAACGGAGACUGAAAGAUGAUUUUCUGGUGGAACUGUCUGUGUUU